AUGGCGGAGGUGCGGCGCAGAGAAGAUCAGGACGAGUUGGAGAGUGAGGAUGAAGUGUACGAGGUGGUGGACCUGACAGAGUACGCCCGGAGACACCAGUGGUGGAGCACGGUGUUCGGGACCAGCUCUGGUCCGGUCGCUGAGAAGUACUCUGUGGCCACACAGAUCAUGAUGGGAGGGCUCACCGGAUGGUGUGCAGGUUACCUCUUUCAGAGAGUUGGGAAGAUCGCUGCUACGGCCGUUGGUGGAGGUUUCCUCUUGUUACAGAUAGCCAAUCACACCGGCUACGUGCAGGUGGACUGGAAGAAGGUGGAGAAGGAUGUGAACAAAGCAAAGAAGCACCUGAAGAAGAAAGCGAGCAAGGCGGCGCCCGAAAUAAACUCUUUUAUUGAGGAGGUAAAGGCCACAGACUUUAUUAAGCGAAACAUCGUGCUGUCCGGGGGCUUCGUCGGCGGCUUCCUGCUGGGCUUGGCCUCCUAGUGGCGCUGCGGGGGACGGUGGCCCUUGCCACACAACUGUGAAUCCAGUCACCAAAUAUUCAUUUCACUCUUUAACUGUCCGUCAUUUACCUCUGCUCCGCAUCGGUUCUCCUCUCGCAGAAUCAGAAGGCAGGAUUUUGAUGUGAACAUUCUGAGCGUGAUGUUGUCGUGACGAUACAGUGGUCGAUGUAACGUUGCUCCCUCUCUUCCAUUCUCUGUCACACCCGUUCAAGCUGGUUUCAUUUUACGGGAGGUUUGGAUGCAUAUUUUUGUUGUGUAUGUGUGUGUGUGUGUGUGUGUGUGUGUGUGUGAUAGAGAAGGCGGGAGCUUGCACUGUACUGUGGAGAACUCCCGUCUCCUUUCCACCGAGAGACCUCUCAUAGAUAAAUGUGCCAGACUGCUGAAUAUGUCAAGCUGCCUCAGACCCAUGCAGCUUCGUCUUUCACUCUGUCCACCCCCCACCCACCCCAUCUGUAUCGUUGCUGAUGGAUGCAGAUCAGGAUUGUGUAUCACCCUUGUAAAUACAACCCCAAUCCCUCUUGAGAUUUGUAAAUGCACAUGCAUGAAUCUGUAUUUUCUUAACAAUGUGGGGGGUGGCCAUAGGGGUAGGACGUUAGCACCAGUCUCCAAGCCCAGUGGUUAAAAUGACUCUGUGUGGUUAAGUUUGCAGCAGUCCCCCCAGGGGGCCGGUGGACAGACAAGACGAGUCCCCCCCCCCCCCCCAGCGGCAGUUCUCUUGAAUCUACAACACAUAUCAGCAGACGGCGAGCGCCGAUCCCAGCGCUCGGUGUCAUGUUAAAUAUGCUGUGCUGUAUUUCUCUCUCCAGCCUCCAGACUGCGUACCGAGGGCUCUCCUUUUAUAAUUGCCAACCUCGACUCCCUUAGCGAGCUUGAACCGCUGGACGUAGCUGUGCACUGAUCACUGCCAUAGCAAGCUGGGUGGCCUAUAGAAGACGCCGGUCCUGUCUUUAGGGGGCACGAGGGAACACCCCGGUGGUUAUUCCUGCACCUUCGCUUUGGUUUCUGUGCAGCGGGGCUCGCCGGUGCAGCAGCAGCAGCGGAACAGCCACGCCACCAAGCCGUGUGUGUCAGAUCAGAUGUCCUGACGGGACACGCAUGGUAUCAUGUUAAGUUGCUUUUUUUUUAAUUUAUUUGCCUUUCUCCAACAGUGCAAUGUAACGGCUGUGAUGUAAGAUGUGUAGGUUUUUUUCUUCUCUUCUGUUAUCGUUUCUACAGUAUACUGAAGUGCUUGUUAAGCCUCUUACUGAGGUCUUUGUACGGUCACACUUCCUGUAUUGUUUCCAAUUUGAGUUUAGUACUUCUGUAACCUUCACUGAUCUACACAAAUUUUGGUUGCAUCUCUGAAAUAAAGUUGCCUGAUUUGGUUUUGAGUAACGCUAACGUCUUACUGAAUCGCUUGGCUGUUUUCUGGCCUUUUGGGUAUGAGCUUGACAGGCCACCUGUACAGCAUCACCUGGUUUGGUUCAGCUAAGUCUUGUUGGAGGACCAAAGUGGAUUUUACAAAAAUGAUUUGCUAAUUGGUAGAAUCACGAAUUGAUGAUUUACUUUGUGCCAAAUAAAAUAAAUUUGC